AUUUCGAUCGGUCAGUAUAUGUACAUACAUGAUGUGUAUAUCAUAUGCUGCCGGACAAAAUGGCCAGCAGCCAUAGUAACCACCUGUUCGUGCCUGUGACAUUUGUCUUCUGCUUUCUGUCGCCACUCAUUCAUGCCUCGAAUUCGUCUGAUUACACCGACUCAAGACAGUUCGAGAAGAACCCUGCGGUUUCGAGGCACAGGAACAACAUUCAGCGGUUACCGAAUUACAACUGGAAACCGCCUGACAAGUACUAUGGCCCGAGGAAAGAAUUGACGGAGAGAAACCUGGGGAUGGAAUUUACAAAACCCGAGGAUUCGGAACAAAGGAUGGCGGAUCCGUGGAUAAAGAAAAUGCAGGAGAUAAGCCGACAGGAGAGAGAAAAAUGGGCAGCGUACAGAAGAAACGUGAAACUUACCCUCGACAAUGUCGAAGAAACUACGAAAGCAGGAAAACUUGCGAACUACGAAUCGAUCACAAUACCAAUACUUUUAAAAAACGAGCAACACCACGAAAAUGUAAAGGAAGGAUUGAAACUUCCUAUACAGUUACUUGAAGAAAGCGAAUCGUUGAAAACAAAUAUGGAACUUGAUCCUGCCACUCUGAAACCGCUUGUGCAGCAUCUAUCAGCGACUGAAGACAACACGGGUAUGAAAAAUGUUUCUUCUGGCAAUCGAUUUCACUCUUCUUGGGGAAACUCAAAACAACACGCGGGUACAAAUGUUGAUGGAGCAUCUAAAAAAGUCAAAAGCGAUGAAUGGAGAAGAAGUAUAAAAAAUUCAUCUGAAAAAUUUCUUCGAAAGGCACCUAUCACGACGACUCAUCAACGACACAAGGACUACGAAAUAAAGGAAGAUCCAGUCAUCAAACAGAAUGCAGAUAUCGAUUACGAGAAGCGCGAACUUAAAAAAGACCGUCUCGGUUCCGUAAUAAAUUCGCAUCCUGAACACUCAAUCUCACAACAAUUCAAAGAUUUACAUAUUCUUAAAAAUAGUACGAGUAUGCAUACAAAUUUAACGAAAUCUUCAGAGAACAACAAAAACUUAAAUCAUACGAAUGGUUUCAAAGAAUCUCCCAUGAAAAAAUAUUUAAAGUUUAAUUUCCCCCGAAAUAACAAAAAAGAAAACAACAAUAAAACAGAUGAAGAUAAAACGGCGAAUUUGUUGAAACGAAAGAGCAAGAACAACAAUCAUGCAAAUUUGCCUUCCAAAGAGCUGAUCUUCCAAUUGAAGACUCCAAAUAUUCCUAAAAGUCCUACAAAUAAAAGUUUCAAAAAAUUUGCUGAAACUAGUAAGAAUUCAAAUCGUAAGAUCGAUUUCAAACUUCCUAUAAAGAAAUCUCCCGGUCAAUUUAGUUCCUCUCAAAAUAACAACGAAGAAAACAGUGAGGAUAAUAAGAAGGACGAGACGAUCAUAGCUGCGAGAUCGUUGAUGUGGAAGAGCAAGGAGGAGAAACAUGAUGCAGGAAAGAAGGAUAUGACGGAGAAACUGAGUCACGAAAGAUCGUUUCAUUCUGGUAGAUGGGGCAUGAGCGCCUCAUCGCCGCCUGCAGAAUUUCUAAAAGAUAUGUCUCGACGAUCGAUGCAUCGGAAAAAUGAGGAGCAAAUCGAGAAAGAUGGAAAGCACCAUUUGUUUGGUAUGGGGUAUGAGCGUCGCAUCACCUCCAAAAGAAUAUUUCGAGGACAUCUCGAUGCGCCGAGGACACGAAACCGAACGCUUCACUAAGAAAAGAGGGUCAAGGCCCAGCGAGAUCAAAAGAUCUUUCGAUAAUCGAUCGCCAGUUCAUCAGAAUCAUCGGAAUUUGCAAGCGACUCUGACUGAGCAAUUAAUGGCCGACGAGCAUUAUAAGAAACUAGUGGGGACAUUGCUUGGAAAAGUUCCAAACGGUCUUUAUGAUUCCAGAUAUCCAGACCUUAACGACUUGUUUUUAGGAUUUUUACAAGCUUUACAGUCAUAUCGCUGGCAGGAUGAUAUGGAUAUACCGAUGUCCUGUCGUGUACGAAUUCCGUACGCUUUAUCCCGUAUCUAAAAAAUAUUUCUCUUUACUCUGCAUUUACUUCAUUUCGUGUUGCUGAAGUAAAAUUUAAAUAAUUACAUUAUAAAAACUGACCGUCAAACAACAAUGUUCUAAAAAUUCUAAAAACGUAUCACAUAACACAUACAUACAUUUUAAAAAAAAGUUCUUAUUUACUCGCGCUAAGAAUCGGCCAAAAAUGUUUUUGUCACGUGAUGAAUAUGUUAAUUUUUAUUUCCCAAUGUUUCUCAUACGCACGCAAGCAUAUGUUAAUGCGUUAUCAUUAUUUCUAAAAAUAUGCUGUUUUUUCAUAUAGGUGCUUUUUCACAUAAUAAAAAUAUACUGAUUUUUCAUAUGCUUUUAUAUAUUCGAUGCUCAGUUAAAAAUGAUAAUAAAAUACGACUUACUACUUUAUUCAUUAUUUAAUAUGUAUUUCUCUUGUAUGCCGAGACAUUGCUAGUCAAUUUUUAUUUAUCAGUUAUAUCAGUUAAAAAUAUACACAUGAAAUGCACAAAGUGACUUCAGAUACGAAAUCAGCAUUUAGAUAUUUCCUUAUUAACGUAAGGUGUAAGAAGUACUGAAAAGAAUUAUGUAAUAUUUCUAAAAAUAAAAGAGAGAAAAACGUUACUCGGACA